AUGCCCCUCCGCCCGCAGGGCCAUCGCAUACGGCUGCUGGGGGAUAGGCCCUCAUGCUGCUUGUGGCUGCAAAAACGAGUUCGGCCUCCACCAAGGGGCCCCCUCACAAAGGCCUUGGGGCUCCCAGAAAGGAAUAUAGCGUCUCCCAGGCAGUGGUGCACAUCUGCAGCGUCUUGUGCGGUAUGUCGCUUCAUCUGCAGCAGCAGCAACAACAGUAGCUGCAGCAGCAGCACCAACUACAGUCCUAGCACUGGCGGCAUCUACACCUCCAGGUGUACAACCGCCAUUCACAGCAACCGCGGCAGCCGCAGCCGCAGCAGCCGCUUGUCAAUUGUGCCUUAUCUGAAUCUACUUGAGAGGUCUUUCAGCUCGGCAACAGAUGAGUCCUCUCCCGCUUCUGCUGCUGCUGCAGCAAUUGAAAGCACCGCUGGCUCCGAUGGCGCCUCCGCCAUCAACAGUUCCGCGGCCCCUGGGUGCCCCCCAGGACCCUCUAGGGGACCCCCACCUCCCCCGCGUCUACAGGCCCUGCUGCGCCUGCAGACGUUGGUGGCGUCGCAGAUGCGGCAGCAUAGCUUGCCACCCACAGAGGCAGAAGCAGACGUGCUCAUGGGCUCCAUCCACAACACCGUUGAGGUGGCCCCUGACGACGGCUACAGGGGCCCUCCUGAAAGAGCCCCGGAGGAUGAAGUUGGGGGUAGGUCUGAGGGUGAAUCUGACACUCGGGGGCCCCAGGAGCCAGCCCGAAUGUGGGGAGACAGUGGGGGCCCCCCUGUGGAGGGCACUGGAGGGGACAGCGCCCCCCGCAGGGGGCGGGAUCGUAGGGAGCGACGCGAGUUGCUGCUGCAGUGGAGGGCAGCAGCAGAUGACAUUAUACGGCUGAGCGGCCGCAUGCGGCCGCGGGAGCUGCUGGAAGUGCUGCGGCUUCUGGCGCUCAUCCCCCGUAGAGACUCCCAGGUGCUGCUGGCAGUGACGCAGGCGCUGCUGCAGCAGCAGCCUGAAGAGCCCUUGCAGCCACUGCAGCACCUGCAGCAGCAGGAAGGCGUAGAGGCGUUGUCAGUGCUCCAGACAGUGAUGCUGUUGAGGCACCUACAGGUGCUAGAUUUUGUCUGUCUCCCUUUAGCCCUCAGGGCACUCAAACACCUUGAUGACUCUCUGAGUGUCGCUGCUCAGAGCUGCAUGCAAGUCCAUUACCUGCACCAGCAGCAGCAGCAGUAUCCACAGCAGAAGGUGCCCGACUGCUUCGCAGAGACAGAUUACGCCACGCUGGCACCUUACGUCCCCUGGCAGCAGCCAGUUGAGUGCGAAAAUUCAGGAGCGGCAGUGGCAGCAGACUCCACAGCAGCAGUUUCACAUCAGCAAGGCAUGCACUGGGACAAGCCUUUGGGUGGAUCCGCAGCUAGAGGCUGUUCUGCUGCAACGGACACUCCCUCGGGCCCUCUGUUGCCAGGGAUGGCUGCUGCUGCUGCUGCCAAUGUUGCUGCUACUACGAAGAGCACAGGCGCUCCGCAUUUUCCCGAUACAGCUGCAGACGCAAGGGCUCCUGCUGCAGGCAGAACGGCAAUAGGGGCAGCAGAAGCAGCAGCAGCAGAAUUGAGUUGGCGGUCUGCACUACAUGCAGUGGGUGUCUCUCUCCUCAGCAGCAGUUUAGUGUAUUUUAAUAAUGCCUUCAAUCAGAACGGCGCCCGUAGAUGUGAUGCUCUCGACCGCCUGGGAGUUCUCAUACUUAACCUCUUCAUUAAUAGACCCAAUGAAUUCAACGCAAAACAGACUGCGUCUCUUGCCCUAAACUGCGUUGCUUUGGGACUAACGCCUCCUUCGCUGAUAAAUUGUUUGGUGAGGAGAACUCAAGAGCUGCUGCCUUAUUUCACCUUUCCGCUGCUGACGCUGCAGCUAAACGUGAUCACGCGGCUGCUGCAGAUCAACUCGCACUUGCUGCAGCAGCAACAGCAGCAGCAGAAACCGCACCACAAGCAACCACAGCAGAGGCAACGAAUUCUGCAGUGUCAGCCGCAACAACAGCAACUGCAGCAGCAGGCGAUCGAUAUUCAUGCGCUACCGCAGCUGUGGUGCAACAUUGUCUCGCGCCUCUCUUCAGCGUUGCCCCAGGAUGCAGCUGCAGCAGCAGCAGCCGCCAGCAGCAGCACCGCGAGGUCUCAUCUGAGAGAUUUGCUCCAUGACCAUAUACUCGCAGCUCAAGAAGCAUACGACGCAUCCUUAAGGCAGCAGCAGCAGCAACAUGGGGGAGUGGAAGACAAAAAUGCCUUACCAAGUGGCGUCUCUUUGGUGGCAGGGGCUGAUGGAUUUGAGGCUCCUAAAGGCUCCCGCAGCCUCCCCCCAGUGCAGCCGCAGGACCUUAAGAACGUUGUGAAUGCUCUUAAUUCAUUUUCGCGGUUGGCACAUAUGGGUUUGGUCUCCUUGCGAGAUGUGUCAGCUGAAGCAGCAGGUGCUGCUGCUGUUGCUGCUGCUGCUGCGGCAGCGGCUGCGGACCAAAUGGUGCCGGCAGCGGCAAGCCCACAGCAGCAACUGCUGAACAGCAAAACUUCCCGAGCAGGAGCAGGAGAAGCUGCAGCUGGCGAGACGGAUGAGCUGCAGCGCUGGCAGCGCAGCAGGGCUCGACUUAGCAGCGUGGUGGAAUGCACAGGAGGCUUCCGCAUGCGUGGGGUUGAAAUGGCUCCAGGGGAUCGCCGCAGCAGCAGCAGAAUAUACGGCUUCUUUCACCGUGCCAUUCUUCUGCUGGUGCAGCAGCAGCAACAUCUAGACCCGCAAUCACUCAGCAACGCAGUCAACGCGUUUGCCAAAGCCAGGCUUCAAGGACAUGCUCGCUAUGUUUCUCAACUGAUUCCCCGAAUGAUUCAGACGGCCGAGAACUUCAGCUGGCAGCACCUCAGCAUGACGCUGAAUGGAUUCGGCUAUAUGCGCUGCAAGGACGACGGGCUUUUGCAUGCGUUUUGGCAGGUGUUGAGGGAGAGGCCCCUUCAUCUUAUGGGAGCGCAAGCGACAACUAACAUAAUACAUGCCCUGGGCAGUUUCGGCUUCAGAAACGCUGAGAUGACGAGCCGGCUUGCAACGUCUUCUUGGAUCUCUGCACAGCUGCCUGAGCUGACAACUCAAGGCCUAACGAAUAUCCUUUUCUCUCUCGUGGUGCUCGACUGCGUGUACGAGUGUAGUUUUCCGCCUCAGCAGCAGCCGCAGAAACAGAAGGGGAUAUGGCAACAGCUGUUGCAAGCAGCGUGCAGACGAAAGGACUUGAAGCUUGAGGCCAUGACGAUGCUGAAGGUGUCUGCUAUGUCGAUAUUUGGAGUAUACGGGGACCCCGCAGCAGCAGUGGCCGCAGCAGCUGCAGCAGAAGUAGCAGCAGCACAACAGCACAACAGCAGUCGUAAUGCGUACAAUCGUCUUUACGAUAAUAGUGGCAACUUUUUGCUGCAUGCACUACAGCAGCAGCAGCGUCAGCUGGAGCGUGAGAGAAACUCUUUGGGAGGAGCCCCCUUAGCGAAAAACUACAUGCAGCUUCAGGGCAAGACAGUCCCUGCUGCGAUUGUCAAGCAGCCGCUAGAUGUCUUCCUUCCUUACGAGCAACUCGACGAAGGCCAUAAAUUUCUCGCAGCAUUGCUAAAUACGAGGACACUCAUGUUCUACCCUGGGAAGCCGUCAGGAAUGCACCUACAGGUGGCUGCGACUGUGCGCAGCAUGGGAUUCCAUGCGGUUCAUGAAGUCAUCAUAGAUCCCUACGUUAUAGACAUCCUCAUACAGAGCGACCCUCCACCAAAACAGCACCGCCCAAGAGAAAGACGGCGCACAAGGGAUCGCCAGCAGCAGCAGCAGGAACAGUUCAACUCAGCAACUCAAUAG